AUGUCUCAGUCGCAGUUGCCCAUCAUUCAGCCAGCUGUUGAUAGCUCAGGCGACCAGGAGAACAAGCAGAAAAACAAGCCCAAGCCCAAGACCUUGAAGAAGGUGCUUCCUUCCGGCCCAGGCUUCCAGAUGUACCAGAACGCAGCCGGAGAGGAGCUCAAGAUCCUCGAGGAUGUGAACGAGGGCAUGGCCUUCAAGACUGCUCUUCGCGCCGUCUCCCCCAAUUUGGAGAAGAAGGCCAUCGACAAAGCCAUUGCCCAGGUCUUCAUGAACGCCGACAGACUUUCAUCUCACAAAGCCCACAUUACCGAGACCAUCUCGGGUCUCCUUCUUCUUGCCGCCAAGGAAACGGAUUGGAUCAUUGCCGCCAAGAAAGAGAUGAAGCCCACCGUCGCUGCCAAGGUCCUGACGGCCCUUUACGAGGGUCGAAGAAUCGCCGUCAAGUUCUCCCGCUACCAACAACACCCGAUCGAGAAGUACGAGGACGAGACUACGACUGCUCUCGCCAUCGACAGGUUCCGCAACGAGAAGCCCUGCGACGAGCCCGAGGAGAUCUUUGCCGACUUCACCGAUGAGCAGCGCAAGAAGAUGAUGGGCAAGAUCAUCCGACGUGAGAAGGCCGACUGGGAUGGAGCGCACGUGGAUGAAGACAGUGACACCGAGAUGGGUUUGGACGACGCCAAGGACUUUUAG